GGAACCGAGGUGCAUGGCGCAGCGAGAGUGAAGAGGACUAUUUGCUGAUCUUGGAAUAUUAAACCCGUGGAUAUUUUUGGAAAUCAUGCAGAAAUCCUGAAAUGAGAGUGUGAGAUGAUAUCACUUCCGAAAGUGUGGAUAACUAUCACUGCCCCAUUGAUGAACACGAGCAGAACGGGUCUCAGGAAUCGCUGCUGCUGCUGCAUUCAUAAACACUUCUUUAGGACUCACAACAACCCCUGAGCUUUGUUUUGGGGUCACAAAACACCACAGAUUCCCUCUGUGCACGUGGGUUGACAAUGGCUGAAAAAGGUAAAAUGAAUAUAGAGCAUCUCGGCGGAGUUGCCAGGCUCCGGGAGGAACACCAGAAGGUGGUGAAAGACUGUGAAAGUCGGAUUCAACACUGGAAGAAGGUGUCAGGAGACUAUGAAGCCCUGAGUGAUCGUCUGAAAGAUCUUCCAGAUCAGCUGUCUUAUGAUAUCAUGGUGCCGUUUGGCCCUUUGGCCUUCAUGCCCGGGAAGCUGGUGCACACCAACGAGGUCACAGUGUUGCUCGGCGACAACUGGUUUGCAAAGUGCUCGGCGAAGGAGGCUCAGAAAAUUGUCGAUCACAGGAUGAAUUAUGUAAAGAGUGAACUUGACGAUCUAUCCAAGACAAUGAAAAACUUUGAAGCCAGAGUUGGGUUAGCGAAGGAUUUGGAAACCAUCUCAGCCAGUAAAGGGGACUAUGUUGACAUCAGAGAAGAGGUCGGAAACAAUGACACUGCUGUCACUAAAGGAAGGCAAAGAAUAGCUCACAAACCAAAUUCUAAGCCCAAGUUGGAUGCCGUAUUUGAUCUAAAAGAGGAGGACGAGGAGCAUGACGGCGAGGGAAGAGAUGGAGGGAGCAAAAAAGGCAUCAUGACUGAGGAGGAGCUGUGGGCUAGAUUGGAUGAACUCGAGAAACUGGAGGAGCUACAAGAUGAGCAGGACAGAUUAUCUGAUAAUGCACAUAUGAAUGGUGAGGACACAUCAUCCUCUUCCUCAGAGGAGGAGAAGGAGGGAGACGCUGCUCCUCCUGUAAACGGACUGAGUCUGAAACCAGGCUGGUCCUCCGUGCCCCACGGGAAAGCACCACCCAACGUGGACCGGAAAGAGGAGGAAGACGACGAGGAAGAAGAAGGCAACUGUUUGCCGACCAUCUUUUUCUCUCACACAGUCGAACCCAAGAAGGUGAGGAUAAACACAGGAAAAAACACCACAUUGAAGUUCAGUGAAAGGAAAGAGCAGAAGGAACAUUCAAAGAGGAAAAAGAAAAAUGGACACAAUAAUGGACACUCCCAUCAUGAACUUCACAAAAUCACAACGCCAGCAGACAUUUACAGGUUGUUUGUGGACGUGAAGAAUGGGGAACCCAUCCCCAGAAAGUCCAUCCUGAAGUCACGGAGCCGAGAGAACAGCGUGUGCAGCGACACGAGCGAGAGCAGCGCGGCAGACUUUGAAGAGCGCCGCAUGAUAGGACGCAGCUUCAGCCAUGACGACGCAACGCACAGCGACACCAGUGACGGCAUUACUGAGGAAGACAGUCCUACGGCAGUGCCACUGCACCCCGCCAGCAGAUUUGAGGCAUUUUCAGGUACAGUGGUAGAAAAGGACCCGAUGCCUUCAGCCGUUCCCCACCUGACCAUCGCUCCACCGGCUCUGCCGACCAUACUGGAGAGGAAACAAGAAGAGGUGGCGCCCGACGUCGCUCCACCCCAGCAGGCCCCGAAAAGGGUGUCGAAGUUUAAAGCUGCCAGGUUGCAGCAGAAGUAACUGUCAACCAGAAAAUAUCCAUAUUUCACAGUAAGUUGUUUUUUUUUUUUUUUUUUUUUUUUUUUUUUAAAGAAAGCCUUUGUUUCUUUUCUACAAUUGAUGAACUGGACAAACCAUCCUGUCCUGUCCUUUCUUUCACUUGUCUUUCAUCCAGUUUCACAUCUAAGCAUACAGGGUUUCUGUCACUGAAUAUGACUGUUCUGUGGGGACAAGUACAGUAGCAAUGUCGACAAAUCAGCCUUGUGCGUAACACUGCUUUUCAACAAGCUCCAAACACUAGGUAAUGCAUUCUCCUUUGCUUAUCUGCUACUAGAGUCUAAAUGGCACUUCACGAUUGUCCAUGUUUCUCAUUGGGCUUGUUCUGUCAUACAUUUACCUGUCUACCACUCCUCUGUUGCUCCAUGCUGUUGCCACUUUAGGUCUGACUUUAGACUAUCAUAGGAUGAGCUGCCUUGUUUUGUUUAUUUUUUCAAGUAUUGAUCAUUAAACAGAAUCGGGUGCCCGCUAUAGCUCUCAUUAUACCUUCUCUUGACCUGCCUAAUGAAUGUAUGUAUUCCUUUGUGACAAGCUUUAUGUAAAGACAAAAAAAAAAAAGUAUUGAUGGAAACUAAAAGUAAAAUAAAAGAUUUUGG